UAAUUGGCACGCAGUUUAAAGUAUUAUCAAACUAAGAGUUUCACGAGAGAAAAAAAAACAAUGAAAAAACCGAUCGUUAGAUCUUACAUUAGGUCAAAAGUGCCGCCUAUGCGUUGGACAGACGAUCUUGACCUCCUUUUUACUCAAGUUGUUGAAUUACUUGGUGGCGAAAGGAAGGCAACUCCUAAGCCAAUUUUGAACUGUAUGGAUGUGAGAAACCUCACAAUAUCACAUGUGAAAAGCCAUCUCCAGAUGUAUAGAAAAAAGAAGAAAGAAGAAUUUAUAAAAGAAAGGAGAAUGAUGCGAGAAAUGAACCAGAGGCAAUCUCGACAAUACCUUCAGAUCUACGAACGUGCUCGAGAUGCUACCCAAUUUAUGCAGAAUCAACAAAGACCACAAUUGGAUAUUAUUGAGAAGAUAACCCCAGUUUUGGGAUCAAGUAACAAGUUUCUCUAUCAAUUUGCAAGAGAGAGACUUAAUGAAAACAGAAACAAUGAUGUCGUUGUUGCUGGUGGUAGUGCAAUUGGUGAAGAAGAAUUAUCUCUUGAACUCACUCUUGGUCACAAGUACUAAGAAGACUUUGGUUUCUAUCAUUUUUUUUAUGCUUGAUCUUUAUAUUAUGUAAUGCUUAUCCCAUAUACAUAAUGGGAUAAAAAAAAUAAAAACCGAACAAUAUAUUAUGGUAGUUGGUUUAUGUUUUAAUGUGAUUUUUCAUCCAUAUGGGUGAAAGAUUAUUUAUAUAAAAUAUUUCUAUUUCACUAGUAAAAAUAUAUUUAGAAAU